AUGGAGAGCUACGCGGCGCGACUAGCCUCUUUCAACACAGCACAUCCGGCUACAAAAAAGAGAGCCUCAAAUGCUAGUAGUGGAAAGACUCUGAAGUGGCCUCACAAGAAUCCAUCCCCUCCACAGCUUGCGCGCGCGGGCUUCUACUACCAGCCAACCUCCUCGUGUCCGGACAAUACUACGUGCUACCUAUGUAAAAGCAACCUAGACGGCUGGGAAGAGAACGACAAUGCUGUUAAUGAGCACCUGAAGCAUUCCCCAAACUGCGGAUGGGCGAUUACGAUCGCCACUGAACUCGAAAUUGAAGAUGGCAGCCAAAGCCAGGAGGAUCCGAUGUCUGAGAUGAUGCUGGACGCAAGGAAAAUGACAUUUGGCUCCAAAUGGCCUCACGAAAAUAAGAGAGGUUGGACAUGUAAGACCCAGAAGGUAUGUCCCGGACGCUAUCACCACGGAUUGUCUUCGCUCAUUGAAGAUGCAGAUGAUUGA